CCUGUUUUAAUUUAUAGCUGCGAUCAUCAGGUAGAUAAGCACGUUUCACUAAAGUUAGGUUACUGCACAAGACGCUGUAUAAUUCAAAAGCAGACGAGCAUCUUAUAUUUUGUACCGCGCAAUUAAAUGGAAUGAAUCAAUAGGAUUUCCGAGGAUUUCCUGCGUACAUCAUCCUACAAUGAACACGUUCAACCAAGUGAGGGGAGCGAGGUGGUGACCUGCUGAAGUUUGACGUGCAGUCAGAAAUUGCUUGAAUUGCUCUAGAUAAACAUUAAUAAUCAUCGACAUGGAGCAGAUUUUAGGGAAACUCUUGGUAGCGGACAGCAAAGUUGUGCAAGAGGGCACGAAAGAAUUAAAGGAAGCGUUUAAAAGUGUGGAGGCAGUUCCUGCCUUGUGUGUUAUUCUGGUGUCAUCUGCUAGUCCACAAAUAAGACAGACAGCUGCAGUAGUCUUGCGAAGAAGACUGGGAAAAAAGAAUUAUUGGUCAAGGAUUAAUACACAAACGCGAACACAGAUUAAACAAGGAAUGCUUGAAGCUCUUGUUAAAGAACAAGAAAAAUUGGUAAAGAAUUCAAUUGCACAAUUAAUUGGUUUACUAGGAAAGCAUGAGUUCCCACAAAACACAUGGCCAGAGAUUUUACAAUUCAUUCAUCAAAUGUGCACCAGUAGCAAUAUACUGGACAAGGAGCUUGGGAUGUACACUUUGUCCAUUAUGACUGAAAUAUCCAAGAGCUCAUACUUGGAACAUGCUCAAGUCCUGGGUGACUUGUUCACUAGCCUUCUAAACAAUUUGCCAGAUUUGAGCUCAAACUUGGCUUAUUACACAGUCAUCACUAUGAAAAACAUUGUAUCUGUGAUUGGAGGUCACCAACAGAUGAUUAACGUUUAUCACGCAUUGCUGCCACGAGUAUUAGAGAUAAUUGGUCAAUUCGCUCCCAAUGACUCAAAAAAAGCCAAUGACAUGCUGGAGAUGUUUGAUGAUUUGGUUGAAUAUGCUGUAGGUGCGGCGGUUCCUCAUAUUCGCGUGAUUGUUGAAUCUUGUCUUACAUUAGCUUGCACUGAUACAUUGGAUACUAGUGUCCAAAUCAAGGCACUCGGUAUCGUAGGAUGGCUUAUUCGCUCUAAAAGCAAGUUGAUUCAAAAGAAUAAGCUGAUAGAACCAAUUGUUGAUGUUAUCAUGAAAUUGAUGGCUCAGCGACCAGUCGAUGAAAUCAACGAAGAAUAUUUCCAAGGCGAUCCGGAUCAGUUUACAUCCACUACUAUUGCUGCACAAACACUCGAUGUUAUCGCUAUAAAUGUCCCACCAGAGAAAGUGGUUCCGUUGAUUCUCUCACGCAUUGAGCCUGCUUUACUUACGAAUGAUAUUUACGCACAGAAAGCAGCAUAUUUAUCUUUGGCUGUUUUGGCUGAAGGAUGCGCGGAUCAUAUCAGGGCGAAUUAUUUGGAAGCUUUCCUGAAAUGUAUCUACGAUGGUAUUCGAAAUCCUAAUGUUGUUGUGAGAAACGCGGCCUUUUUUGCUCUUGGUCAAUUCUCUGAGCAUCUGCAGCCGGAAAUCAGUCAGUAUGCAGCUACUCUACUACCAGUCUUCUUUGAUUAUCUCUCACAAAUUUAUGUUGAGAUGGAGAAAACGAAAACGGAACCGCCAGGUCUCGAUCGCAUGUUCUACGCGUUGCAAACAUUUUCCAUGCACUUGGACGACGGUUUAUUGCCCUAUUUACCGACAUUAAUGGAAAGACUAUUCGUGGGUUUGGAUCCAGCCGGUUGGUCCUUGCAAUUGAAGCGUGUUGCUUUAAGUACGUUGGAUUCUGUCGCUUGUGCGGUGAAAAACGAAUUGGUUCCGUAUUUUCCAAAAAUAUUCGAAAUACUCAAUGUGUACAUCAACUCCGACCCGAAUGCAGAGCUUUUUGAGCUUCAGUCGUAUGCGCUCGAAUGCCUGUCUAGUAUUAUCGAUAAUAUCGAUGGAGAUAAUUUCAAGCCUUUGGCACAGGAGACAUUACAAAUGGCUAUGAAGAUUUUAGGCGAGACCGAUGAUCCUGACGUCCGCAAAAGUUUAUUCGCAUUGUUCGCUGCGUUAUCGAAUAUAAUGAAGUUGGAUGUAAUGCCGGUGAUGCCGAAAGUGAUUGAUCGAAUGGUGGAGUCCAUUAAAAGUAGCGAAGGCAUAAAUGUUCAAUAUGAGGAUGACGAUAAAGAUGAUGCAAAUCCUUAUGAAUCCGAGUCUGAUGAAGCGGAUGAAGAAGACUUGGAAUCCGAAGCUGAAAGCGACGAUUCCCAGUGUCGUUUUACAGUUGAAAAUUCCUACAAUGAUGAGAAAGAACAAGCGUGUUUGUCGCUGACGGAAAUGUGCAAACAUUUAGGACCAGCGUUUAUUCCUUUCUUACAGCCUACGUUCCAGGAGGUUUUCAAACUCCUUGACUAUCCACAUGAAGAUAUCCGCGAGGCAGCUGUGUUAACACUUGAGCAAUUCUGCAUCACUUUAAACAAGCUACCAACUCCAGAAAAUAAAACCGCAUUGCAAGGAGCAUUGCGAACGUUGAUACCAAAAUGCGUUGAAAUGAUUCACGCCGAAGAAGAACAAAAUAUCGUCACCACUUCUAUCACUAUACUAGGAAAUCUACUCGACGAACUUGGCAGUGAGAUGUUCGUAGGAAACGGUCACAAGGAGGCUAUUAUCAAUUGCAUUGUUGAUAUUUUAACACACAAAACAGUCUGUCAGGAUCAAGAUGCUGGAGACGAUACUGGGCUGGAUGAGGAAGGCGAGUCUGAACAAACGGAACUCUUGUUGGAAAGCACAGGAGAAGUAAUUCCUAAAUUUGGAAAGGCGUUGCCGAAUGCUGAAUUUGCUCUGUAUUUCCCCAACAUCAUGCAAUUGAUGAGCAUACGUGCUAAAAACAAAAACAGUGUCAGUCAGCGAUCGUUUGCAUACGGAACAUUGGCCGAGUGUAUGCAGCCGUUAGGCCAAUACAUUGAGAAAUAUGUUUCGCCUUUGUUACAAUUAUGGCAUGCUGGUACCAAAGAUCGUAACGAUGAAGUACGAAACAAUGCGGUCUAUGGUUUAGGAGAAAUGAUUUUACAUGGGAAAACGUCUAUGUUUCCUCUCUAUUCAGACAUUCUCCAAGAGUUAUCCGCCAUGAUGGGCAAAGAAUCGAACGCGGGUGUUCUCGACAACAUUAGUGGUGCAGUCGCCAAGUUAAUUAUUAAUAAUUCAUCAAUUAUUCCACUUGAAGAGGUUUUCCCUGCACUUCUUCAGCGCUUACCGCUAAAACAAGAUUUUGCUGAGAACGAUGCUAUCGUCAAAUGUUUCAUUGUCUUAUAUCAACAAGGAAACGAAGUGAUUCGCACCUACUUGAACCAAGUGAUUGAGAUUGUAAUACAUAUUCAUUACAAGAAACAAAUAAGUGAAGACCAAGUGGCGAACACAGUAUCAGAAUUCAUACGUAAGGUGAAUCAAGAUUUCCCUCAAGAGUUUCUGAGUGUUGCCUCUAAGAUGGGUCCAGAAGCAACUCAGAGUAUGCAGACAUUGUUAUCACCGUGAUUCGUUUCAUCAUUUUGUUAUAUUAAAGUUAUAUUGAAAUGAAAAUUACAAAUGCGAUUAAUUCUCAUAGACAUGGUCAUUUUGUAUGCCUAAUAUGUUAUCGAAUGUUAAUAUUAAAUAAUUAUGUAACUAUCUAGGUCGAUGUAUACGAAAUGCUUUGUUGAAGUGAAUAAAAUGUUUAACAUCGA